AUGCAUGUUAUGGUAAUACCAUAUCCAGCACAAGGCCAUGUAAUUCCUCUCAUGGAGGUGGCACGGUGCAUUGCGAUCAACGGUCUCAAGGUUACAUUUGUGAACACGGAGGUCACUCAUAAAAAGAUUAUGAGUGCCUGCGGUUCACAGAAAGACGGUCCGAAUGAUUUAAUCCAAAUGGUUUCAAUCCCAGAUGGGAUGCAGCCAUGGGAGGACAGGCGUGACCUCGGCAAGUUGACAGAAUCAAUAUCCCGAAUGAUGCCCACAAAACUAGAAGAGCUAAUAGAAGGUAUUAACAAAACAGAUAACAAAGUUACCUGCAUUAUUGCUGAUGCUUCCCUGGUAUGGGCCAUAAGAGUUGCAAAGAAGAUGGGAAUUAGAUCGGCAAGCUUCUGUUCCAGCGCGGCUGCAGUUAUGGCGUUGAUCAUGAGCAUUCAGAAGCUGUUGGAAGAUGAAAUUAUAGAUAGAAAUGGAAUACCUUUGAAGGAUCAAAUGAUUCAGCUCUCAACAACUAUGCCAUUUAUGGACCCUGCAAAGUUUACAUGGGCAUGUGUAGGCAAUCCCGCCACAAACAAGAUUAUCUUUGAUAUCCUGAUUCUUGGUACUAAGGAAGCUGCAGAAACAGCCGACUGUAUAAUUUGCAACUCGACUAUGGAGCUGGAGACUGGGGCGUUCAGGCUAUUUCCGAAGAUGUUGCCGAUAGGUCCACUUUUGGCAACCAACCGCUUCUUAAAGCAAGAAGGGCAUUUUUGGAAAGAAGACUUCACUUGUCUAACAUGGCUUGAUCAACAGCCAGUUUGCUCAGUCAUCUAUGUGGCAUUUGGGAGCGUCACAAUUUUUAACCAGUCCCAGUUUGAAGAACUGGCGUUUGGGCUCGAACUCACCAAUAAGCCAUUCUUGUGGGCUGUAAGACCUGAGACAAGUGGCAGUAUGAACGGUACUAUCUACCCGAAUGGAUUCAUGGAUAGAGUAGGCGAUCAUGGGAAAAUUGUGAGCUGGGCACCUCAACAGGAGGUCCUAAGCCAUCCCUCAGUAGCUUGUUUCAUGAGUCAUUGUGGUUGGAACUCUACCAUGGAAGGUGUCAGCAAUGGCGUUCCUUUCUUGUGUUGGCCGUACUUUGCUGAUCAGUUCCUUAAUACAACUUACAUUUGUGAUAUCUGGAAAACGGGUCUGGGUUUGAAGAAAGAUGAUAGUGGUAUUGUCACACGAGGAGAAAUUAAGAGUAAAGUCGAGCUGUUGCUCAGCAACAAGAUAAUCAAAGAAAAUGCCUUGAAUUUGAAAGAAAAAGUGGGAGCAGAAAGAUCUUCUAACAAAAAGCUCAGCGAGUUCAUUGAUUGGGUAAAGAAAGGAAAUGUUAACGCACCUGAAAAGAACACCUGCAACUAACGACGGGCAUGUAAGCUUUCAGUUAUAGAU